UGCAGAUGAUACCAGGCGAUUGUUUCGGUGAUGACUCUGACACGAGGUGGAUGGCUUGAUCAGAUGUGAGGAGUUCGGUGUGCAGGAGUGGCGAUAUAUUGAAGGGUAACGGCACUGGUUGAUCUUCGGCUACAUAGCAUUGGAAUGUCGUCUCAUUGGCAUAGGUGUCACUUCCUUCUCUGGACAAGAAAUCAGCAGUUUGAUUUCGUUUACCUGGCAGGCAAGUCGGGUGAACCUGAGAUUUCGGCCGUUGAAGAGGAAGGACAGGUAAUCUCGAGAUUCUUCUGCCACUUGUACCUGCCAAUAUCCGGCGCUGAGGUCGACGGUGGAGUAUAUGGUCUUGCCAUGGAACGUCUGCAACACCUGAUCGAUCUGGGCGGGAGCUUCACGGUCGUCGUCGAGAAUCAUGUUCAGCUGGCGGGCGUCGAGACAGAGUCGGGUGGAGCCGUCCUUCUUCGAAACGCAGGUAAUACCAGGAAGGAGUAUGGGAAGCACUUUCCUUCGACUUGGAUCUCCAGGAGGCAUUGUUUAGAUAUUCGGAGGCGACGUCCUGGUGUGACACCUGAUAGGAUGGUGUUCCAAUCUAUUGCGGGAGCGGGUGUAUGGUGAACGGUUACCUUCUGG